AUGGCAUCCCUGCUGGAUAUCUCGCACGUGGCGAUCCCUCAAUCAACGACGAACCCACGCAAGAGGAAGAAGCGAGCUUCGGUGGCUGGUGCUUCAGCGGACUGCUUCAGAUGCGCACAACGGAACACUACCUGUGAUCGCAGGCGGCCCUAUUGUUCUCGAUGUCUUGAAUCAGGUGAAGACUGCUCAGGUUACAAAACACAAUUAACUUGGGGGGUGGGAGUCGCCAGUCGUGGAAAAUUGCGAGGACUAUCCCUGCCGAUCGCGGGUACACAACAAACUACACCGUUCACUUUAGGACAGAAGACAAAGAAAAGACGUGAGAGCAAAACGACCAGCACACCAGAGCUACCGUCGCCCGCGCAAGUCGAGCAAACCCAAGGUUCGAAUGGUACACAAUUUGCGCCAGCUUUACCCACUCGCACGACUUCGGACUAUGUCUCACUUCCGGUCAUAGCCUCGACCAGUCGUGAACAAGGUUGCUCGAUAUGGGAUCCUACACUCUUCUCUGCGCCUCAUGAAGCCCAACACAUUCAGCUGGUCCGUACACCAGCUCUGGAUUUCCAGCAGGGUUUCAACCAACUUUCUGCUCAAAAUGAAGGUAUUCACGCAGUAGCGCUCCCAGAACCAAGUGCUAUCACAGGUUCCUGGCGUAUGCCAGAGACAGUUCCUAUAGCACGUGCAAGUCAGCACACCUCGACCACGCACCAAUCGAUCAACACUUCGAACAUGUCAUAUUCUGAUCAGCCUAACUCAUUCUUAGCUGGUUCUGAAUUGGUCCCCUCGACUCAACCUGGAUUCACAGAGACGGCACGGAUGGUGUUGAGUCAAAAUGGACGAUCAUUUGACGGUCUCUCGAUGCUGCUCCAAGCAGGUGAAUCGAUGCAGCUGCCUCACGAAGGAGAAGCCAACGAUAUUGAUGAGGAAAUUCCGAGGAACAGGUACGAUGAAUGUGCGGUUUCCGACGAUUACUCUCUGGGCACAAGACCGCAACUACUCGACACGAACUUUGGUCCCACGUUGUUGUCUGGCAUCAGUAAUAUUGGAAAGACGGUCAGAAUGCAAUACCUGAUCAACUACUACACCGAAGUCAUUUCGCCCGUCAUCGUUGCAUUCGAUAGUCCUACGAAUCCCUUUCGGACACAGAUAUUGCGUCUAGCAGAGAGCAGCGAAACUUUACAACAUGCCAUAGCCGCCUUGGCUGCCAGUAACUUGAGACAAAGACGAGGCAUUGGACUUCUAUCAACAGGAAAGACUGCACCAGCAAGGAGGUCAUCUUUUGCACAUGUUCACCUGACGAACGAAUAUGCGCAGAGUAUUCUUUCACCUGAAGAGCAAAUGCGGGAGGAGACACUUCACAAGCGCCUAGCGAUUGUCCAAUUGAAUCAACAGCUUAGCCAUCCAGUAUUGAGAAGAGACGACGCAACUCUUGCUACGCUCCUUAUGCUGUGUUUGUUUCAUGUCUGUGAUUCUGGUAUUGCCAAAUUUCAGACUCAAUUUGCUGGGGUACGAAAGCUUCUCGCUCUUAGAGGCGACGACGUCAAAAUAGGCAACGAAGACUCACGGUGGAUGUCCCGACUAUUUACAUGGUAUGAUGCAUUGGCCUCUACAGUCAAUGAUAGAGAAAGACAAAUAAGUGGUCAACUGCUAGAUAUGUCUGCGCUAGGCGGUGACUGGGCAUUGGAGAAUCUAGCAGGUAUUGAUGGACAGCUGUUCAAGGCUAUCUCCAAGUUGUCUAGACUUAAUCUGCUUCAGCAAGGAAAAACUGUGCAUCAGGGCGAUUGCUUCGUGCCUAUGCCCAUCUCUCCUGCUUACACGACAGAUGCGUAUUCCAUGCUGGACGGUAACGGGUGGAGGCAGAGCCCCCGAUCCGAUGGUCUAAGUGCUGAUUCUACAGAGCCUGAUACAAGUCAAGCGUUUUGGCGAGAAUGGCACGUUGUGAGGCAGGAACUCCUUUCAUGGCACCUCGACACCACGCUCUUUGAUUCUCUGAGCCGCGAGUCCUGUUACCUCACAAUGGAGCAGCGUGCAGACCUCGAGAACAUUUCACAGUCGUUCAGAUAUUCAGCCCUUCUCUACCUCGAAAGGCUAGCGCAACCAGGCCUCCCAUCUAGCGACGAAGCCAUCCAAAGAUGGGUUAGAAAGAGUCUGAGCCACAUCAAGGAAGUAAUUAGUGACGUCUACCUUUUGUGGCCUUUGUUUAUCACAGGCACCGAAUGCAUUGACGAGGAAGGGAAGAAUAUUAUUCGAGGACGAUGUGCAGAUAUUCAAAAGGAUUCUGGAUUUGUCAACAAUGCAAGCUGUUUGCAAUUGCUGGAAAAGGUUUGGCGAGCAAAUUCAUCCAAGUGGAGGUCUGGAGUUGAAGACGCAAGUGUAACAAACUCGAGUACGAGUUUUGAGAGGCACACUGACGGCACGUUUGUCUUCAGGGACGUCAUGAUUAAAGAGGCUGCAAGGACAGAAGGUGAAGGGGAAUAUAUUGUGAUUUAG